GCCGGAUAAAAGGCAGUGCUCUAGACGCCGGAGACUGACCAAGCAGUUAAGUCUUUUCACAACCCUUUUCCGCCCUGUUCUCUGUUAAUCUCUUCUAUUCUCUGGAGAUUCAGACGUGUUUGACGAAGUUCUCUGCCACUUGAUUACAUUGUCAAUUCAUGGUGUUCUGAGUGUUUUAGACUUUUAUGUCCCUCCUUUACAUUUGAAUACUCUGGGCGGUCCGUCGAUCCGGAGGUGCUGUAACUGGUGGGAGCGAACAAAGCAAAUGCUCUAGUUCCUGUUCGCUCAUAAAAAGGAACUACUUGCAGUCUACAUUUACACUUAUCAAGAAACUACUGCGAGUAAAUGGUAAGGUCCAGCAGUGUCCAGUUAAUUCACGUUUGGGGACGAAGUGGAGGGUAUAUUAAGAUUGUUAUGCUAACGUUCCAUGCAUGGCCAACACUAACCCAAACAUGGUUUCUGUAAACCGUUUCCAAUGGCUGAAAUAUCAGCCCAGAGACUGCUGACAUUCCCCCUGCUCCAUUCUCGCGUUGCCCACUAACCCUCAAUUAAUGACGGUCAGCUAUAACAGCACUGUCUACAUGAGUUGAUAUGGUGUUGCUUGUUUCUCUCUACAUCAACCGAUGCUUAUUCCAGAGAUCCAUCACUCUUUGUUCAGCUUAUGAUCAAUUCGUGCUUUUUUAGGGUUCUUCUCUCUAUCUUAUUUGCUUGAGUGAUUGAUUGAUUGAUUGAUUAUUGAUUGAGAAUUAGCGAAAUAAUAGCAAACAGAAAGUUUCAGAAACUAAGUGACUUAGUAAUUGGUGGUCACUAUAGUGUUAUACUUUUUCACUGUGGUAAACGAACUGGUUAUAAAUAGGCUAGCUACAGUACAUUUACUUGCCUUAAUUUAACUAAGUACUCCGAAAACACAUGGCACAGCACUGUUUUGUUAGCUCGAAGGACGAUAAUUCCCUAACUCCCUAACAUGACUCCACCAUGGCAUUUAACAGGCUGGGCAUUCCACUUUUGCAGAAAAUCUGGUACACAGCAGUGCUGUGUUAGAUCUAGAGAGCGAUGACGCGGACCGCGAGUCAGAAGUCCAAAUCAGCAGCUGUUAUACGAUCCAUGGUGGUAGUCUAUCUACACCUCCGUCGACUCUGAUUGAGCACUGCUGUUUGGUUACUCGAGGCAAUGAAUGGGUCAUCGACGUAAAAUGUUGCCCCAUACAGCACGACAUCCGAGAAGGUUCCCAACAAAAAAGGAACUGGAGAAGCCUAAUGGAAGUUUACCCCAACGCUGUUGUGAAUCAAAAACACAACGAUACUGAGGUUAUUUUGCCAUCUCUUCGGGAAGACGUGGAAAUAGCAGCGUUUGGAAGGCCUGGAAAGGAUGACCGGAAAAGAAUGCAAAUGGCGAUCUUUGCCAGUCGUCCAACCCAAGGACGAGACUGGAAGAUUUGGGUUUAUCUCGUAGAUGAUACAAAUCCUGCUUGCAAGGUAUUAAGUGAUACUCUAUUUCUCUAAACAGGUUAUUUUUUACUUAAAAGAGACGUGGGAAAGCCAACCUGCACUCUUUUUUUAAAAAAAAUAAAGUCGUGUAAUGCUUAACGGCGACGGCAAUGAGAACGGUAACACUUUCAAAAGAUCUAGUUAUCUAAUGAGAGUAGACUUUCACGUCGAGGGAGACUCGAAUUUGUUGUUGUUUUUUCUCUCUAAAAGUCCGGGUUGCCCUGAGAUUUCCCGCCAAAAACACCUCCAGUUGCCUUUAGUGUCAUACCUGUUAACUGAGUUAUUUUACAUUGGUAUGCAUGUUGUGCGGACAGUCGGAUGGUCGGACAUACGGUCACGUGAUUACCAAAAUUUCUCGGAUGGAUGGGUUACCAAAUUUUCUUAACGUAUGGGGUUCCGCCAUAAGGUUCAGUCUUGGGCCAUUCUGUCUCAGAAGUGUGCAGGCAUAUAUUAGUUAUAGCUAUUUAGAUUUUGCUGGUCAUUCGGAGAGGUUUUUGAAUGCGCCGAAUGUAUUUUUCAAUAAACAGAGUAUUUGCCAUGAAGAAGACAAAAGAGGAAACAGUCUUCUUUCACCGUGUUCUGGGAUGUUCGUGUCGAACAGCAAAGAAGACAUCACAAUCGAGCUCAGUGCACUCGAGCCUGGAUGGAAAAUCAAAGGAAGCAGUAUAAAGGUACGAAAGGAGAACUAUGAGGUCACAUUGGGGUAUAAUAAGAUGCAUCGGCAAAAGCAAACAUAUGAGAGUUUCACGUUUCAACACCUUAUGGGGUUUCUGGAGAGAUUUAAUACAUAAUUUUGCAGCAGCAUCACCCCUCGACAGAAAAAAAUAAUAAUUGGUGCAUGCUGCACGUUUUGCAACUGCAAUAAUCCUUACCCUUUUUUUUUCUGAGGCGUUUAUUAGGUUUCCCUCAUAUCUUCGAUCCAUCAGUCACUCAACACCCCUUUUUCAAAUCCACGCUUCUUCUUAUAAUCUGCUACACAGCCGUUUGUAAGGUAGUCACGGAACGCUCCUCCAGCGUUUCGUGACGACACCAAAAACGGCUGUGUAGCAGACUAUUCUCCUUACGGAUGUGCCAAAAGACAAUCUCUAUGUGAGUCGCAUUUACCACCCAAAAAUCUCGACCUCGAGUGGAUUGACUGAUUAACUGUAUCUAUGCUGCCAUAAAAAUGGAAACCAUUUACAACAGAAACAGUCAAGGCUUUAGAAAUUACCGCUGAUAACUUAUCCAUCAUGUAUGAUGUAUUUUCAGACUAUCAAAUCAAGAGAUGCUUGGAAUUCACCAGAAAACUCAGUUGAUUUUCCACGCUGCUAUUUUGAAAUAAGACACGUGGAUAGAACAAAACAAUCAUUUUUCUGCAGAAUAAAGGCUUCCCACGAAGGAGACGUCGCCCGAGCAGAAAUUGUGGGGUAUUUUGAAAAGGUAAAUUUUAAGUUAUAAAUUGCACGAGGCGGACUCUAUUGAUUAAUUGGAUUGAAUUAGAAGUAGAAAUUUGACAAGAAAGUGAGUGCAGUACACCCCUUGACAAAUUCGCACUAGAGAUGACUUUCAGCCUGUUUUCUUCUUCUUCUUCUUCUUCUUCUUCUUCUUCUUCUUCUUCUUCUUCUUCUUCUUCUUCUUCUUUGGGUAGACAACACUAUUAAAAAUGACGGCUAACUUUUUUUAUUAUUAUUAUUUUCUAGGAAAAAGGUCGCCAAGUCAUCCAGACUCAUAGAGGUUUUAAAAAACUGAGCAACCCUGAUUGCGAUUUUUCAGCAAGUAAGACCAAAGUGGACGCUCAGUUGUAAUUUAGCUCAUGUAACACCUUGUGCCAGCAUUAUGUUUUACUAGCUAAUUUUUCUUUAAUGCAUUUUUUUUUUUUUUUUUACUUUUUAGAGAUAAACACCUCAAUUCCGACGUUCCUUUUUGUUCUUUUUGUCUUCUUUGCUUCGUCACUGUCUCGCCCAAGGCUUAGCAGGUACGUUUAGAUCAUCCCCGCCCGCCCCACACCUGACGGGUCCUUAAAGGAAAUUUAUAUUUCUGAAAGAAAUAAAUGGUUUUGAUACAAUGCCGCUAAAAUUUGCAGGGACCAACAGACAUUUAAUGUCUGAUCCAGAGACUGAAAUGAUGUUUGUGUUUCCAACGUUCUUGACUACUCGAGGGUAAACGGAACUGCUUCCCGUGAAGUCUUUUGCUAUAUAGCAAAGAAGGCAGAAUUAAAAAAAACCUUGUUUAAGAGAAGGGCGAAGAUAUAAGAAUAGUAACGAAACAAGAAUUCUUAACUUCGCAAAUGCUAUUUAAUAACCUGGCACAAAACUUUUUGAGACGAAUAAGAAAUAUAUAUUUUACUCUGUCAACCCGGACAAACACGAGAAAAUACACACAAACAACAUUGGGGAGUGAGGGGGGGGGGGGUACUUUAUUUUGCUUAGACGAAAUGGUUUUAAGGGGAAAAGUUAGAAAAUAUAUGGAACUGGUACUCUUCUUUUCGUUGUUUAUGAUGUGUUAGACCUAAAAAUCGAUAGAGAGCGGCCCACGUAUAUCCUUUUCGUGCAGACCACAAACAAUAUAAUUUUCCUUGAAUUCAUUCAACAGAAACAACUCAAAUGCCGCAACAACUUAGGAAAAUGACGGCUGAACCAAGAGAAGCUAUCUGGAAACUUGCAUUUAACCCAAAACAAUGUUUUGGUGUCAACAGACCAGCUUCGGGUUGCAGAAUGGCUACUUAAACUAGUUCCAGCCUCAAGAAUCAAGCUGAGCCUCAACAUGUUACUAAUUUACACAUAUUUAGUUUAAACUGCUCAUUCCAUGACCAACUGUCUUAAAUAUGCUCAUUUAGCAUGCUUGUUUCCUUCUAGUAUGUGAUUUUAUGUGAUCAUAUACCACGCUGUAAUACAUGAUAAAAUAUUACAGUUCAAGUUGCUAAUAGUUUCUAUAUUAUUG